AUGUCUUUCCAGAAUAACAAGGGAGCCUACCCUUUGGGUCAAACCAUCCGAGUCGAUUGUUCCAACCCGGAACAGUCCAACCUGGAAUUGUUGGUGACCCGACACACUGAGGCAUGGACCUCGUCCUGCGGAAUGGUCGUUGAAAUGAUCAAUCGCCUCAGCCAGGAAGACCAGCCAAGUACGGUGGGCAAGUCCGAAGAGGCUUUUUUGAAGCUCUUCGACCGGAGACACGCCCACGAUCUCCGAUCGAAUAACUGUAUUGGCCUCUGGGGCCAGCACAGGGAGCGAGCCUUGAUUGAAGGCGUCUCCAACGGCAACAUCGGGCGCCUUCUAUACAAUCUGCACACCGAGCCAGGAUAUUAUAGAAAGACUGAAAGCCACCGCGACUACGCGGAUGAUGAAGCGUUCCUUUGGAACGAAUGCAUCGCCUCUUUUCACAGGGAGAGGAAUGUUUAUUCCAUUCUGUCAAAGUACCAAGGCGACCUAGUGCCGCUGUUUCUUGGCGAUGUCACGCUGGAUGUGCGCCCAUUCGGUGCCACGGAAGACUUGCCCAAGGGUUUAUUCCAAGUUCAAGGCCUCCUCCUGGAACACCUCGAGGGAUUCUCCCUGGCUGAUGUCACCAGCCAUGCACCGCAGUCGUCGUGGCAGUCAAUCUUCGACAAAGCCAUUAAUAUCGUGCAUGUGCUCGAUAGUGAAGGUGUUCUCAAGCGUGGCGUAACGCCUGAGCAGUUUAUCGUCGUGCCUAAGGAGGGCGGCGAAUACCGCGUCUGUAUGAUUGGCUUUGAUCGGUGCGAGGUCCGGGACGGGGAAUCGGAGAAGGAAUGGGGAAUUAAGAAGUGGUACGCGAACGAGGAAGAAGGGCUUGCCCAAAUUAUGAAGCGACAGCUCGAGGAGAGCGGCGAGUUUGUGCUCCAAUUUGAGCCCUCUUUGAAAUAUUCAAAGGUCUGGGAGGAAGCCGAGCAGAAUGAGACCAAGUAG